AUGACAGUCUCACCGUUUGUGCUCCGCUCAGGGUAUAUCGAGCUGGCCAAAGUAGUCCACUCGACUUGUGGAUCGCUCACCACGGUAUUCCUCUUCACGAGACUCUGGGCUCGGGUACAACACUACCAUGGAUUAUGGCGAGAUGACUACGUUCUCAUUGCGGCCUGGGUCUGUCUGUUGCUGUCAAAUGGCUUUGGCGCAGCCGGCCCCGCGUACGGCUUCAACGUUCUCGACGGCAGUGCGCAUGGUCAAGUAAUUCAUUUUACUGCUGUCAGCUUCAUGUACGCUGCCAUUGCUUUAAGCAAGACAGCAUUCGCCAUUACUCUCCUUCGGUUGACGUCUGGCCGGCGGAGCAAAGGAAUCUUGUGGCUGGUUAUGGUGCUGACCAAUUCAUUCAAUCUCGCCCUCUUCAUACUGACAUGGCUGGAUAUUUGUGACACUCGCUUCGACCUUGCACAUAUACCCGGCCGAUGUAUUUCAAUGUUCGUUGCAACUUGGCUUCACAUGGGCGCUGCCAUCAACUCCUUGCUCUGCGACCUUAUUUUGACUUGUUAUCCAUGGUGGAUAAUCAGUCAGGUCGCGUACAUACCGCCGCGAGAGAAGUGGGGAGUCACUGCGUCUAUGAGUCUUGUGGGCGUUUCCAUCUUAGUGGAAAUUGCUAAGAUAAUUAUAUUCAGCUUGAUCCCAGCUGAUAAGCAUGGAGAGGUGGACUAUACUUAUGGGGUUGUUGCCGUGUGCUGCUUUCACCAGGCCGAGGCUGCCGUCUUCAUUAUCGCCCAGACAAUUCCGGUAAUCCGCGUCAUGUUCCAAUCCGACCAUACGUCUCACAGAUCGACAACAUCGAGCAGGGCAGUGUCAACCAAGUCGAAGACGGCAAAGCCUGCCCCGGUCAAUGAGGGUACUCGAUCUGUCGAGCUUCUCCAACUACCCAGCGGUCGAAUUGUCACCGCAGACUCUGAUGAGGGCAGGGCCUUUCAGAACCAGAGAGAUCCUGAAGGACCAAAGACCCAAGACAUGCAGCCGCCAGAUGUAACGAAUCUGGGAAGAAAUGGGCUUAUCGAGGAGAGCCUGGUCAAAAUCACCAUCACCGCCGCCGGAAGGGGCGCACAGGAAAGCUUGAGGGCAAAUGAUUUCGGUACGAGGAGUUAA